CCAAAUCCCAAGAAGAAGAUGACGAAGAACAAGAACAAUAAUUACAGCGCUUUUGCAUUUUGUUGAGAGCGGAGUUGCACGACAAGCUUGCAUUGGGAUAUACUGGUGAUUUAAAAUGCGUUUGAAUCUGGAUGCAUUUUGUAUACAGCUACGUGUUUCAAAUUAUGGUAAUUGAUCGUCUAGCGGUCCAGAGCUGAUUUGAUAGUCGACUGCUUUAUCUCAAUAGUGACUGCGGAGUCCUAUCCAUUACUAGACCAAGUCGAGACAUGACUAAUCCUAUGUUUUGGGACCAACUGCAAGCUGGAAGCUCCGAGGUGGACUGGUGUGAAGGCAAUUACCUUAUUUACCCUAGCAUUGCAGAGUUUUAUAACACGAUCAGCAACAUCUUGUUUUUUGUUUUACCGCCUAUAUUAAUGUGCUUGUUCCGCCAGUAUGCAACACAUUUCAACAGUGGAAUAUAUCUCAUUUGGAUUCUACUGGUUGUGAUUGGUAUUGGCUCCACAUACUUCCAUGCCACCCUCAGUUUCCUGGGUCAGAUGCUGGAUGAGUUGUCCAUCCUGUGGGUGCUCAUGUGUGCCAUCGGCAUGUGGUUCCCCAAGAGAUAUCUGCCCAAGAUGUUCAGGAAUGACAGGUCAAGGUUCAAAGUGGUCAUCGGCAUCUUGUCCGGGAUCACCACUGGUUUGGCCUUCGUUAAGCCCGUCAUCAACUCGGUGUCUCUGAUGACUCUGGGUAUCCCCUGCACCGUUCUGCUCAUUACUGAGCUCAAAAGGUGUGAGAACCCACGUGUAUUCAAGCUGGGGCUUAUCUCUGGGUUUUGGUGGGCUCUGGCUCUCCUCUGCUGGGUCAGUGACAAGAUCUUCUGUGAGAUGUGGUCCUCUGUCAACUUCCCCUACCUUCACUGUGCUUGGCACAUCCUUAUCUGCCUAGCCUCCUACCUGGGCUGUGUGUGCUUCGCCUACUUCGACGUCGCCACAGAGGCCCCCGAACGAGGCCCGGUCAUCAUGUUCUGGCCCAACGAGAAAUGGGCCUUCAUCGGAGUGCCCUAUGUCACUCUACUCUGUGAAACCAAGAAAUCUGACUCUGUCAAGGUGACAUAACAUCCUGAGGGCCCACUGAGCUUGGAGAAUUCCUCACUAUGAGGUGCUCCCCAAACAUGCACACAAAAUACGCCCUGAUGUCAGACAAUCUGAACAAUGCAUGUAGAAUGCUUUAAAAUAAAGUACCUCUAAAGUACUUCUCUGACAUGGGUGACAAAGUCGACAUAACGUGUCCGUUAUCGCUUCAAAAUGAAAUCCCCUCAAUAAUGCAAUAAUGUUUAUGCAACUUAGUGUCAAAGCACAAAUGUGUCCCGCAGUAAUCUAUUAAAGUGACAUAGGUGAGGUAACAUCAAUGCUAAGAAACUUACCAAGUUCUUCAUUAAUCAACUGCGAAUGUAAUUCUCAGGCUUUGUUGAGGUGAUCGUGAAUAAUUCAAUUUAGAGUAAGGCAGUAAUGUAUAUAUAGGUGUGUUGCAGUGUUUCUCACACAAAUGUAUUUUUUCAGCUCUGGAUCUACUAUUCAAAAUGCUCACUGCCCUUACAUUUUCAGGUAUAAUUGAGCACAAAUGGUGAGGACCUUGCCAAUGGUGUAUAUUGUGCCGUAUUUACAUUUACAGCGUGGCUGACUGAUUGUUAAUACUGUUAUAGACGUAUAUUAAUUAACCCCUUAGACUCAUGGGAAUUGACCUAUAGGGAGGAAUUGAAAUAUUUCUUACAGAAGAAAUAUGGAAUGCAUAACCAAGAUAGCAAUUAAAAGGGAACAGUUUGAUUAGUUAUUGGAAAAUUAUCACACUAAAGCUGAGGACACGAGACUGAAUCCAAACAUGACAUUUUUUGUGCAUUUUACUUUCAAUGUACUUUUCGCCGCAUUUGUUGAUAACGAAAUCUAAAAAUACUCUGGAUACAUUCAGUUACAUGAUAAAAAAAUAUUAUUGGAAAAUUUGGGUUAGGUACAACAUAAGACAAAAAAAAUGACAAGUGAGAGAUCUAAUUGGGGUUCCUAAGUGGCUUCUCCAAAGUGUGCACAGUUCCCAAAGUAAUUUCAAUGCACUUUUUAUGACUGAAAGAAGAGUCUUCAACGAUAAGGAGCUUUUUUUUCCUUCUCUCCUAGCUGUGCCGUUGAGGAACUAGAGCACGCACAUAUGUAGUUUUUUUGUUGGGAACACAGCCCUGCAUCCCCGUCUUUACACAAUUACUGUUGUUUACGCAAUCCAAAACCGGUCCAUUAUAAAUCGCAAUCUGGGUUAGGUGGGCAUAACGUGAAAGAUUGUUCUAUUGCCAACAUGACUAGCUAAAUCAUAAAAUAUGUACUCAGUGUUAGGCCUUCACAAGGCAAUUCAGAGAAGCAGAUAAUAAUUUUGGUGCGCAUAGAAUGGAGUCGUGUGCAUUCAGAUGCAUGGUCCGCUGCAAGUUUAUCCCGAUACAACAAAUAGGCUCAUUCUGUUCAGGACAACCCAGGGUAUAAUGAAUGCCAUGUCAUCUGUACAUCAAACAUGUAAUAUACAUGUUAUACACUAUAUUACUAUAUACACUGUAUUACUUGAGUUGAUAUGGUAAUGUGAAGUAGACUCACAGGUGUUUGGCUUGGUUGUAUGACAUUAGAGUGGUAUAAUCAUCCUCAUAAUUUAGAGCCUUUCCCUCACUCAGACAACAAAACAUUUGCUAAAGUUGCCCAAUUAUAGCGGGAGGGAUGAAGGCAACUUCUUGUCGCGCGCGGUGCUCAAGUUCAGAACAACUGUCAGUCAAAACCCAUACAGAGCUGUGAAGCUGAAAUCCUGAGGAAAUCCUGAGCUCUGACUCAUGUAUAGCAUGUUACUGUACAGCCAUUGUGUUUGAAUUUAGGCUCUUAGCAAUCUUUUUCCACACGUAUAUGGGUACGAAUGUGAAGCGUUAAGACUCUCUGUAUUACAGUAUUAUCUCAGUUAUUGCAUUAUCUACAACUAUAUUUAAGAGCAUUUGUAUUAUAUACUUUAAAAUGUAAGGCCGAAAGCAAACCAUUUUUUUUUCUCCCUGUUGAAGGCUCUGGAACACACCUUUUUGAAGUAAGAGGUGUUUAGCUGAUUCUUAUUUUAAACACUCAACCCCCCCAACCAUAGUCUUUACUGAAUGCGGAGUAUUAGAAGAGAAAUGUAAGUCAAGUCUCAGAUUGUCAGUUGUCAUGAAAAUGAGAGUAACAGAACUGAAAUGUAAAACACUGUCUCAACUGUUCAUGAUAGUGAAUUGCAACCAUAUAAAUACUCACAUAGGCAUAAAAGGGAUGGGUCAGUUACCAUAGUAAUUGUUUGCUGUUGAUGUCUUCAUGAUGCCUUGACAGCAAUAUUAUGCUGGUUGUUACGUGGAAAACCCUACUGAAUAGUUACCCACAUGAAGAGAACUAAGAUAGUCUAAACUAGAUAACAAGGGAGUGUUUGCACCUGUUAUUUUCAGAAGGGAAUAAGAUAAAAGCAACAAGAAUAAAACGCACAACUAUCUUAAUAUUUAAUCUACCUUUAGGACUAAAAUACACUUUUAUUAUAGGAGAUUCAUGUGCCAUUGAACAUUAGUUUUUAGUCCAGGAGUAGAUUUUCUCUCUUUCUGGGGGAACUGGCCCUUAUUAUUUUUAUAUUUCCUCCUGGAAAAUAAGUGGUUCAAAAUGUCACUGGUGCAAGUGCUAAACAACUCUGGAUGGCCAAUGAAGUAGGUCUAUUUAACAAAGGAAUUAAUAAUUAUGUUAUGAAUUUAAGUUGCUUUCUUAAUUGUCAUUUUUGUGCCAGAAUUGAUGUUUUUUUGUGUGUUUUUUUUUUUUACAUUACUUUUAGCCCUUAGAGAGAAACAUAAGGUAUACAAUGCAUAUCCAAUUGAGAGGCACUGUGUGUAGUGGCAAGCCUUGCGUGAAGCUAGUUGGCUUUUUCAAUAUGCCAUGAUCUGGCCUAUCACCAUGUAAGUGAAUUGAAAUUGAGUAAUUGAAUACAACUGCUCAACCUACACUACCAUUUGGAAGGUUGUUGGUUGGAGGAGGCAUAGCAAACACUUUUGACUCCAAUAACAGUUUUAUCACAAGUAAUUUAAUCUCAAAUCAAUUACCUUUUUGUGGACUCCAUUUAGAACUGUUCUGUUUUAAACUAAGCUAUACUGUUAUUUCUUUACACAGUCUGAUACAAUUGGUUUUGUAUACAAUUUGUUGGGUUGUGUGGUGUCAAAGUAUAGGGGCAAACAAGUGCAGGAAACAACUCUAUCCAGAGUCCACAAAGUGGUAUAUUUUGUAACUACAGUAUCUGAAGUAUUUUGUUUAUUCAAAUACAUGUUUAAAAGGAUGCAAGACAAAAAAACCUGAAGUAUUAUUAUUUUGGAUUGUCAACCAUUGUAGUGAGUCUUUUAAGGUAUUGUAUUGUAAAGGAAUACCUUAACAUGCAGUGCACUGUUUUAACAAAGGCAAAAAGAGCA